AUGCGUGUGGCUUCUUCCCUCCUCCCCUUGGCGGGACUCGCUGCCGCUUCGGCCAUCGGCCAGCGGUCGUCCAACGGCUGCAGUGCCUUGAAGGGUAACCUGUCGGGUGCGACUUUCUACGCUGGCAAUGCGGUUUACGACUAUGAGACGCAGAACUUCUGGUCCAAUACCGAGAUCAUGUCUCCCGGCUGUGUCUUCCGCCCGCAGUCGAGCAAACAGCUGGCCAAGGGUCUGCAGAAGCUCGUCAAGGCCAACGCUCAGUUUGCCGUGAGAGGGGGUGGCCACAUGGGCAUUAGAGGCUCGAACAACAUCGACAAUGGGGUGUUGAUCGUCAUGUCCAACCUGACCACCAUGGCUCUGUCGGAGGACCAGUCCGUCCUCUCGCUGGGUCCUGCUUAUCGCUGGAUCGAUGUAUACAACUUCCUCGAGCCCUACGGUCUCGCCGUUCCCGGUGGUCGCUUGGCCCCCGUCGGUGUGCCUGGUCUGCUGCUGGCCGGGGGCGUCAACUUCUACGGUAACCAGGUGGGCUGGGGAUGUGACAGCGUGAUCAAUUACGAGGUCGUGCUUGCGGACGGCUCUCUCGUCAACGUCAACCAGAGCAGCCACCCCGAUCUCUUCUGGGCUCUGAAGGGCGGCAGCAGCAACUUUGGUCUGGUGACGCGCUUCGAUAUCGAGACAAUCAAGUCGCCCAAGAUCUGGGCUGGCGCUCACACCGUGUCUGCGGAAUACGUCGACCAGUUCCUCGAGGCCGCCGCCACCUACGCCGCCAACAUCUCGGACCCCAAGUCGCACAUUGUUCCCGCGCUGGUCCCCGGAGACUCCCUCCUGGCAUCCGUGAUCCUGUUCUACGACAGCGAGGACACCUCGUACCCGGAGAUCUUCAAGCCCUUUACCGACAUCCCUUCCAUCAGCAGCACUGUCGGCUUCAAGACCCUGGCCGAGUUCGCAACCGAGCUCGGCGCCAUGGUCGUCGACGACAUCAACGACGUCUUCGUCGCCGGUACCGUCAAGGGCACCACGUACGACGAACUCCUGGAGGGCAUCAGCCUCAUCAACAACACCUUCUUCGCCGAGCUCCCCAAGCUCUACGCGCAGAUCCCCGCCGCCAACAUCUCCACCAUCCAGCUGGACUGGCAGCCCAUCGGCGCCUCCUGGAUGGAGGCCACCGCCGCCCGCGGCGGCAACGCCCUGGGCCUUGACGCCUCCAAGGUCUACCUCUGCUACGCCGAGGUCGUGGAGUGGAUCGGCUCCGCGUACGAUGAGAUCGUCGCCGCGUGGGUCCAGGAGACCACCUACAAGAUCAACAAUGCCACCCAGGCCGCGGGCCUGUACGAUGCCUUCAACUACAUGGGUGACGCGGCUGGCUUCCAGUCCAUCUUCCCUGGGUACGGUGCCGCGAACCACCAGAAGCUGCAGCGGGUUGCGCGGAAGUACGAUCCGCACGCUGUGUUCCAGACUUUGAUGCCUGGUGGAUUCAAGGUUUUCUAA